UGGGCUGGGGCGGCGCGGCCUGCAGCGGCGCGGCGAUGCGGCCAGGAUGGCGGUCUCGGGGCUGAAGGCCGAGCUGCGGCUGCUGGAGUCCAUCUUCGGCCGCGACCACGAGCGCUUCCGCAUCGUCUCCUGGAAGCCGGACGAGCUGCACUGCCACUUCGUGCCGCUGCCCGCCGCCCCCGGCCCGGCCCCGCCGCCGCCGCUGGCCAUCCACUGCAACAUCACGGAGGCGUAUCCGUCUUCAUCGCCAAUCUGGUUUGUAGAGUCAGAUGACCCCAACUUGACUUCAGUGCUGGAGCGAUUAGAGGAUAUUAAGAGCAAUACUUUGCUUCUCCAGCAGCUGAAGCGACUGAUAUGUGACCUCUGCAGAUUAUACAAUCUUCCUCAGCAUCCAGAUGUUGAAAUGUUAGAUCAGCCGUUGCCAUCUGGCCAGAAUGGAACGACCGAAGAGGUUACAUCGGAAGAGGAAGAGGAGGAAGAUAUGGGUGAAGACAUUGAUCUGGAUCAUUACGACAUGAAGGAGGAAGGACCCGCCGACGGGAAGAAGUCCGAGGAUGACGGCAUCGAGAAGGAGAAUCUGGCCAUUUUGGAAAAAAUCCGAAAGAAUCAAAGACAGGAUCACCUAAACGGUGCAGUUUCCGGGUCUGUCCAGGCUUCGGACCGGCUGAUGAAAGAACUCAGGGACAUCUAUCGGUCGCAGAGCUACAAGACGGGGAUUUAUUCAGUGGAACUUGUAAAUGACAGUCUGUAUGAGUGGCACGUGAAACUUCUAAAGGUUGAUCCUGACAGCCCGUUACAUAGCGAUCUCCAAGUCUUAAAAGAAAAAGAAGGAGUGGAAUGUAUUUUGCUCAACUUCUCUUUUAAGGAUAAUUUUCCUUUUGACCCUCCGUUUGUAAGAGUGGUCUCCCCGGUGCUCACUGGCGGGUAUGUUCUUGGUGGAGGUGCUUUAUGCAUGGAACUUCUAACUAAACAGGGCUGGAGCAGCGCCUAUUCCACAGAGUCCGUCAUCAUGCAGAUUAACGCCACGUUAGUCAAAGGAAAAGCCAGAGUGCAGUUUGGGGCAAAUAAGAGCCAGUACAAUCUAGCAAGAGCACAGCAGUCUUAUAAAUCUCUAGUACAGUUACAUGAGAAAAAUGGUAUGUAUGGCUGGUUCACACCUCCAAAAGAAGAUGGUUAAUGCUGGGGAUCACACAUAUAUUUGGACCAAUAUCAAUACAAGGUUUUAUUUCCAUGCAGAUUCAAGCUAUAAAUGCCCCAUAACAGCCAAUAAAUAAAUUAGUGGAUAAUCUGUUGAUCAACACACCCAAUAUAAAUUACAGCCAUACAGUUCUGCUCCUCAGUGAAAUAUCUUGGAUGGAACAGUUUAAGACUUUCCUUUAUUUUCCCAAUGGACUGAGCAUACCAACUUUCCCACAUUUUAGUAUUUGAAUCCCUCAAACUGGGUUCUUGGUCUACUAAAAUAUCAAAUGAUAGGAACGGCUUUUUCCCAUCAACUUUUCUAUGCACUUUGUGGGGUUUUCUCCAGAACGGACUGCAGAGAACUGCUAUAUAUUUUAUUUAAAGCCAACCAAGAUGAAUAAAGUUAGUUUAAUAGUGUGUUGUAGAGUUUUCAGAUCUUGUUGAAUCAAUCUCUCUUUUUCCAGGCUUAAAAACUGAGAACGUUUAUAGAAUUUCCAGGUUUAACAGUGAUAUGGAAGAAAGCUGCAAUGUGAAAGAAUUAAAAUGUUUUAUUUCAUAGCUGUCUUGAGGUUAUGAACUGUUUGGGGGCAGAAAUACAUUGUUUAAGCAGAGCCAGACUGUGCCAAUAGAACUUUGCAACGGGUCACAUCCACUAGGGCAUCAAUUUGUUGCUGGGCAGUUCUGAUAGUUUUUGGGUCUAGUAUGUUCUUCUCAAGAAAGAGCCCUAGGCAUAAAGCUUGAAGUUAUUUAAAAUACUAGAAAGCUUCUUUACAAGUUCAAUUCUAUUAGCGGGUUGUUGCAAUCAUUCAUAGAUUAAUGAACUUCAAAAGCAAUUGGCAAAAAUCAAGACACUCCUUAUUUUUUUAAGAAGACUGAUUUUUUAAAACAAAAGCCACAGAAUUCCCAGGAAGAUCUUGAUACAGAUCAGUUGUUUUUUUAAAUGUUGCCGUAGUCAUGACCGUGGGUUUUGCUCAGAAGAUAAUGAGGGCCUGCUUUUCCUUUUUUAGGAAAUGAAUUUGGAUUUGUAACUGCUGUGGGUCAGUAACUGGUUUAUCAUUGCCUUACCUUUAAAAAAAAAAUCAGGUUUGUGUGUGUGGUUUUUUUUUUAAUUUUAUUUUUAGAACUGAAUUUGAGUUGACUUUCUUUGUUCACGGGAGUUGUAUUAAAGGGAUUAACAUUUUUCUUUCAAAGUCCAGAAAUGUCUCAGUUCUCCUAUGACCCACCAUUGUCACCAUCAAGAUUACAUCUGAUGCAGGUUUCAGUUUGAAAGAUAUGAUUUGAAGGCAUGUGCCUGUUGGAACUCUAUUUCAUAUGAUCUUUUGAGGACGUUCUCCAGAUGAUGUCCAGGCUUACUGUACAUAUUGUUUCUAUCGAAUUCUGUUAGCCUCCUUAAACCAGAGGGCAAAUUCUAUGAGUUUCCUACAGCUCAUUUUAAAACCUGAGGCUAAUAUUUUGGAUACAUUAUUGAAUUGUUUAAUAUUUCUAAUGGACUAGCAAAAUGACAGGUGCACACACUUGGCUUCUUUAUUUUAUUGGGAGUUUCAUUUUUUUUAACUUCAGAAGUAUUUAGCAGUGUACGAUAAUCUGUAAACUUGCAUCAAGUUUAUGAAUAAAGAACCAUUUUAAGAA